ACUCACCGCGCUCGGACACGCCGCCGCGCCCGGCAAACCACGCGUCCCUCUCACGUGAUUCUCACGCGAGAGCCUCAACAAUUUCCGGAAAUUUUCGUGUCAAAAACUGCUAAUUGCGGAUUGAGAUACUACGUUUUGUUCCAAAAGUAGACUUCUUAUUGAAGUCGAUAGUGCAGAAGAGAUACUGCCCGGUUUGCCAGUCUAAGAUUUGUUUACGCUUGACUCGGUUCAUGGAAAAUAUGCUUGGAUUAUUUUUCUCUCGUGGAUAAAAAAUUAUGAUUUUUUAAAAUUCCAUCGUAACAUGUUUUUGUCAAGUUGGUGAUAUUCAGUGCAUCAGCAUCGCACGGUAAUAUUUGAAUGAAUGUGUUUCUUUUUAAAAUUAUUCGCGGCACAUUCGACUAAUAUUUGAAGAAAAUUCUUCUCGCGAACAUCACUAGAAAAUAUGUAGUUAACCGUUUUAAUAGCUGAUUGCCAUUUUAUAUACAAUAAAAUUAUUUGUCUUAAUUAUACUUAUUAUUAAAUUGGAUGCUGCACAGUGAACACCACAUGUUAUACUACUACUAGACUUGCUUCGUCCCUUGGUUGCUACAUAAUAUGCUCAGUUCUUUGUUUAUCCUUCUGAGGGUUCUAAUCAUUGAAAAUUACACAAAAUGGUUUUAUAUGGUCAAACAUCGUGUUGGGUUAGUUAAUUCAAUAAAUCAAUACAAUGAUGUACACAAUUUGAAUUAAUUUGUCCAUUUUCAAGACUGAUUGUACCAUUUUUAAAGGUUAUAUCUAAUCAGAUGGUGACUGCCAUUUUGGGAACAAUCAAAUCUUAAUUUAUGUGAACCAAACAUUGUCUGAGGAUAAACUCUUUGAAAAAAUCAAGUACUACAGCUGAUACUCACUCCUUAGUGUCGGUGAAAUUUUUCAAAUUCAAACACAUUUUCCUUAAAAUCUCGAAGGUGUCACUAAAAUUCUUUAUCCGUAAUAUUCUUCACACGUUAACUUACAAGGAUUUUGAAUGAAUUUUGACCACGCGGUUAGUCUAAAGCAUGUCAUGCAAGCAAGGCGCUUUUUCUUUUAAAGUCGAUUCCAAAAUAGUGCAUGUGUUACGAUAUUUCUGUGCUGGUUUCUAAAGUUUUCUCUUCUGGACGUUGGAUUUUUCAAGAAACCUCAUUGCCUGUAAGAAUCAGAGCUAAAACUGAACCUUUCUAACGAAACGUUAGCUUUUAUCGUAAAGAUUAGCAACUUUUAAGACCACGUGUGUUUACUGGGACUCAUUACAAGCAGCUCCUGCUUGUUCAUAAGUUAAGAACUCUCCUGUCUUUCUGAAGUUUCACCGGUUUUUGGAGGGAUCACAACUGAUUCUCGAGUAAACUUCGCAUAUCUUUUAGAUCCGGAAUAAAUUUCCUGUUCCAUUUGUGUGCAACUGUCGUUCAGUAAAACUUUAAUCACUAGGAAAACAGGCUGGAAAAGGCGAGGAAAACAGACUGAAAACUCGCGAUAAAGGGGCAAUAUGGAUGUGACGUUUGCUGAUGAGUGACUCGCCGUGCCGGCCAGAGAGCGUUGGCGGCGCAAAAAGACGAAGUACCUGGCCAGAAGGUACCGGAUGGUCGCCGAGCUCAUUCUGGCAAUGUUGCCUAGUCUUCCGUUAAUUUAACGGAGAAGAUCGCAGAUUUGGCAACGCUUGGCCGAGCAUGGUAGCGAAAAGCAGCCACUCUCGCUACCUCAAAGACGGACUUAUGCUCUUUCUGUUUCCGCUCCAUUUUAUCCUGACAUCCGUUUUCAUUGCUCAAGGAGUUGGAGGUUUAAAGGACAUCAGAGUGGAAGUUCCUCAAUACAGAGUCCGAGGCGAAGACGCGGUUCUGAAAUGCCACUACGAUUUGGAGAAUGACUCUCUAUAUGCGGUCAAGUGGUACAAGGAAAACGAAGAAUUUUACAGAUUUGUCCAGAGAGCCCACCCUCAAAUCACCUCUUACCGCGUCGAAGGAAUCAAAAUUGACUUGGAGCUGUCAAACAGCACGCAAGUAACAUUACGUCAAGUGACCUUGAAAACAAUAGGCAAAUACCGAUGCGAAGUCUCGGCUGAAGCACCAUCCUUUGAAUCCAAACAAGGAGAGGGACGACUUGAAGUCAUCUUUUUGCCGAGGGAUAAACCGCACAUAUCAGGCAAGCGCCAAUACUAUCAGAUAGGAGAUGAAAUAAACCUCAACUGCACAUCAGGCAAAUCGUACCCUGCUUCAGAGUUGCAUUGGUACAUCAACGAUCAAAAAGUAAAAGGCCCGUCGCUGAGGUCCUAUCCAGAAAUCAUCAGCUCUCACGGGCUGCGGCAAACGCAGCUGGGACUCACGCUGACCGUCACAAACGACCUUUUCCGCGACGGGAGCAUUAAAUUCAAGUGCAUCGCCACCUUGUCACCGAGCCUCUGGCAGGCCAAACAAGAAGGCCAAAUCAUUCAAAGGAACCAACUUAAAGAAGCCUCUCUCCUCAUCCGAGGCACUGCAAACAAAGUGACUUGUUCGACCAGUAUCUGGUUGAUACCAAUAACGCUGAUGAUGUCUCUAGGAAGCAGGCCCAUUAUCUCUUGAUUCAAAUUCUGCCGCAGGAACCGAUCAGACAGUUUAAAAAUUGUAUACUCUCUCGUAAAGUGUAUUAUUAUGUAUAAAUUUUAAAUAUAGAAUUCUAUUUUUCCUAGAGAA